AUGCCUGUAACCGAUGACACGUUUAAACCGCUGGUCAUGGAUAUGGACCGGCAGUGGUGGCGCGAGAUCAUCAUCUACGAGAUCUACGUGCAGUCAUUCCAGGACAGUAACAAUGACGGCAUUGGUGAUUUGCGCGGCAUCAUCCAGAGACUUGACUAUAUCAAGAAACUCGGUGCCGAUAUGAUCUGGCUGACGCCCAUCUACGUGUCUCCGCUGGAAGACCAGGGGUACGAUAUCGCCAACUACAAGGAGCUCAACCCGAUGUACGGGACGAUGAAGGACUGGGAGGACCUGUGCGCCGAGGUGCAUAAACGCGGUAUGAAGAUGAUGAUGGACAUGGUUUUCAACCAUACCAGUUCCCAGCAUGAAUGGUUCAUCGAGUCGAAGAAAGCUAGAGAUAACCCGAAACGUGACUGGUAUUUCUGGCGCAAGAGCAAGACCGGCAAAAAUGGCGAGCGGAUGCCCCCAAAUAACUGGGAGAGCAUGUUUGGCGGGCCCGCAUGGACAUAUGAUGAGAAGACAGACGAGUGGUAUAUGCACCUGUUCUCGCCGUCGCAGCCAGACCUUAACUGGGACAAUCCCGAAGUCCGCGACGCGGUCUUUGACGUGAUCGAUUUCUGGGGCAAGAAGGGCACGGAUGGAUUCCGGUUCGAUGUCAUCAAUCUGGUCUCCAAAAUGCCCGGGCUGCCCGACGCGCCGAUCAAAAAUCCGGACAAAGUUGAGCAGCCGGCUACAGAGAUGUAUACCAACGGCCCGAAUAUCCACAAGUACAUGCACGAGAUGAACCGCAAGGUGCUGAGCAAAUACACCAACUGCACCGUCGGCGAGAUGCCAUGCGGCGUGAACGAAUACGAAGCCAGCGAGUAUGUGGCCAAGGAACGCCAGGAGCUCUCGAUGGUGUUCCAGUUCGACCACAUGAACCUGGACGGCGCCAAUGGCGACAAGUGGCAGCCGCGCAAGUUCGAGCUGUGGGAAUAUGAGCGUGUGCUUCGUGUGUGGCAGCAGCAUAUGCUAGGAAAUCACGGCUGGAGCUCCUUGUAUCUGGAGAACCACGAUCAGGCGCGCGCAGUCUCGCGCUUCGGCAACCCCGACCCGCGAUUCCGUGCCGUAUCGUCCAAGAUGCUUGCCACGUUCCUACUGGCGCUGCGCGGGACUGUGUUCCUAUACCAGGGUCAAGAGCUGGGCACGCCGCAUCCACAGAACUGGAAGAUCGAAGACUAUCCAGACGUGGAGACGCAGGAGUGGUACAAAGCCCAGCAUAAAAUACGCAAGGAAAGCGACCCGUCCAAGGAACCCGAUAUGACGGAGGUUAUGGACGUCAUCCGGCUCAAGGGCCGGGACAAUGCCCGCACCCCGAUGCUGUGGGACAAUUCGGCCAACGGCGGGUUCACGGCAGCGGAUGUUAAGCCGUGGAUCCGGCUGAAUGAGGAGUAUGCCGAUAUCAAUGUGCAGGCGCAGGAGCGCGAUCCGGACUCGGUGCUUAACUAUUUCAUCAAGCUGGCACAUAUCCGCAAGCAGCACCCACUGAUGUUCUACGGUGCCUACGUCCCCGUCAACCCAACCGCGCCCAAAGUAUUCUCAUUCCUCCGGACCCAAGGCCCGUGGCGCAGUCUGGUGUUCUGUAAUUGGGCGCCCGAGCACUCCGAGUUCGAGAUCCCCGAGGAAAUCAAUAUCGAUCUGGCGGUCAUGCUCAUCGCCAACUACCAUGUCGAGGAUGACCCGCUCCAGCGCAAGCUGCGACUGCGUCCGUACGAGGCGCGCAUCUACUCGCUCCGGAAUUAG